CUAAAUACUACCGUUAGCAUGGCCGUGCCAUAGCCGUGCCAAAUGUAGUGCCAAAAUGUUACCGUUGUCGUCGGCUUGCAUAUGUCAUGCCUGCGCCGUGCCAAAUCCGUACCUAUGUUCGAACCCAAAUAUUACCGUUAGCCAGACCGUGCCAUGGGCGUGCCAAUUUAUUGUGCCAAAAUACAACCGUUGUCUAGGGGUGCCAAUGCCGUGCCUAAAAUCGUGCCAAAACGUUACCGUUGCCGGAGAUGUGCCAAAAUGCCGUGCCAAUAAAGUGGCCGUUGGGAGGUAAAUCAGCUUGGUGCCUAAGUCCGUGCCUAUGUCCGUGCCAAGAAUUAUUUAUAAAUACCCAUCCUUUUUUAGUUUUGUACUCACACUCAAUUUUUCUUCAUAGUUAAUGAUAUAGAAUGAUGAAUAUGGAUUUGCAAAGAGAUGUUGCCUAUGCUAUAUGUGGAUGUUGAAGUGAACAUUGUGCAUUGGAUUUUCUCGGAAGAAUUUAUAUUUUGUGUCCGUUCGUAGGCACAAUGAAUAGAGAAAAUAGAAAUUGGAUGUACAAUAAAUAUGUUGACAAUGGUAGAGGAUUAACAAACGAGUUUAAGAAUGGAGUUAUUGAAUUUGUUAAGUGGGCACAACAACAAACACAGUACAUGGACGGAAAUAAGAUAAGAUGUCCGUGUAAGGAGUGUAAAAAUAACAAAUUCUUGCUUGGUGAGGACGUGUGUUGGGAUUUAUAUACUCAUGGUUUUAUCGAAAACUAUUACAAUUGGACUUCUCAAGGAGAACCGAUUGAGACAUGUUAUUUGCCUCAACCUGUGGGAACAUCUUACUAUGUUCCCGAUGAGAUGGCUGCGUGGGGAAAUUAUGCAGAUAUGGAAUGGGAGCAAAGAAUGAUUUAUGAUUUGGUUGGUUCUUCUGCAUUUCCCAAUAACCAUCCGGAUACCUAUCCGAAUAAUGAUUUCACCGCACACAGUAAUGCGGGUGAGGGACCUAGUUCAUAUUUUUAUGAUGUUGAUGCGUUAGGCACGCGAUUUCAAGAUGUUCUUAAAAGUGCGGAUCAACCAUUGUAUUCUGAUUGUGAUGGUCAUUCGCAGCUAUCUGCGGUUUCUGAAUUUUUGAAUAUAAAGUCCGAAUAUAAUCUGUCUGAGAAUUGCAUGUCCAGGAUACUUGACUCAGUUGGUAGCAUGUUACCACGUGAUCAUUCUCUUCCCGACACGUAUUACAACAUGAAAAAAUUCGUCUCUGAAUUGGGUCUUCCUAUGAUUAAAAUCCAUGCAUGCCCCGGAGGAUGCAUGUUAUUUUGAAAAAAUGACGAGGGAUUGACCCGUUGUAAAUUUUGUAAUGAGGAUAGGUACAAGCCUAUGUCAGCAAUGAGCCACAAACCACGAAAACGAUCUGCAGCAUCCAAAUUGAUAUAUUUGCCUUUAGCACCACGUUUACAAAGAUUGUAUGCGUCAAGUGCUACCGCUAAAUACAUGACGUGGCAUGUCGAGCAUGACACAGAAGAAGGAUUAAUGUGUCACCCAUCUGAUUCAGAUGCAUGGAAGCAUUUGGACCGAUGUUAUCCUGAAUUCGCUUUCGAACCACGCAACGUUCGUCUUGGGUUGUGUGCUGAUGGUUUUGCCCCAUAUGGUCAAUUUGGCGGACAGUUCUCAUGUUGGCCAAUUAUCAUCACACCGUAUAAUCUGCCUCCGGACAUGUGUAUGAAACAACAUUUUAUGUUUUUAUCGUUGAUGUGUCCGGGACCUGGUAAUCCUAAGAAACGAAUUGAUGUGUACCUACAACCAUUGAUUGAGGAGUUGAAACAACUAUGGGAUGUAGGUGUUCCUACAUAUGAUGUUACGACAGAGCAGAUAUUUAAUUUGAGAGCUG